GAGUAGGAAAUUAAUCAGUGUUAAUCGUGAGGUGGUCAGAAGCGGUUGCUAGACUAGUAACAAUGAAGUUUUGGGCUUUUGCCGUUUUGGCAGCACUUUGCGGUGGUUCAGCAGAAGCUUAUCUCUGCAUGUGUUCGCCGAACAGCUGCGUAUUAAUUCAUCCGAAUACGGAUUUUUUUAAGAAUGCAGAAAGCUACUGCUCUACGUUCCGAACAGCGGCCCACGAUAUUUCGAUAAUCAAACUAAUGGACACUGAACUUGCUGCCGAGGCAUUCACGAAAUUCCCCAAUAUGACUUCGCUGGAAAUUUUCCAAGGUCAGCUAACCAAGUUUAACUCCGACACGUUCCACGGUGCUGGGAAACUAACGAAGUUGGUGAUAAGAGGAAAUGCGUUGACUGCCUUAGAAGACUACAGCUUCAAGGGAGCCGACAACAUGAAAGACCUCAUGAUUUCCGCUAAUCCUCUGCGAUCAGUCUCUGAGGACGCAUUUGCUAACCUGCAUCAGUUGGAAAUUUUAAUACUAGCUCAUGGAGAAAUUGCUGAACUACCAGGAAGACUAUUUAAUAAUAAUCGUGCAUUGAAGGUGAUUUCAUUAAACAGCAAUCAAAUAACUUCUAUUGAUGCGGAAAUCUUCAAUGGUCUCGAUGAACUUGCGAAGCUAGAUUUGGCAGAAAAUCAGUUAAAAGUGUUCGAUUUUAAAUUUCUAAAAGCGUCAAUUGUAGUAUUGAACAAUAAUAGUUUGGAACAUUUGGCAGUCAAUGAGCAUUGCAACUCAGUCUACGCGAACAAUAAUCGUAUCCAAACAAUCACGGUUGAUGGAAAUAACAUGGCCAAGCUAUCGUUGAUAAACAAUCGCAUUACUGAUAUCAGCAAUAUUACCAAGUUAACCAAUUUAACCAGUUUAUCGUUGGGAAGUAAUGCGCUAGUACGUGAUACGGGUUUCAGUUCUUUGGUCGCUCUGGAAGAACUGAUGCUUCAAUCUACCUACAUUGAUUUUUCACCGGAUACUUUUGCAAAUUUAGUAAAUCUGAAGAUAUUGGAUUUGUCGUACAACAAUCUUACCACGGUAGACUUUAAAAUAUUCGGCUCGCAAAAUUCACUUCAAGUUUUGAGCUACGUUGGCAAUCAGAUCAAAUAUUUUAAUUACCUUGAGGCCCGCGAGUACCUUCCACGAUUGCGUGUGCUCGAGAUCUGCAAAAACGGUUGGAACAGUAGCUAUUUUGAAAGCAACGUGGCACGGAUGAAAAAGUUCCAGAUAAACCCCGAUAUGCACGGAUUUGCGACCCAUUUCUUGUUCCGCGACGAUUUCAUUAACAUGUGUUCGGAAAAACUGUUUGUCGACUACAGCUACGAGGACUUUGCACCGAUCGAUGCUGAUAUUGAGGAUGAAAUUAAACUAUCGUACACAACUACAACCGCUUCGCCAACGUCUACGGAAGUUACGCUUACAACUUCGACGGGUAUGUCCACCGCAAGUUCGUCCACGCAGAAAACCAAUAAUGCACUCGAUGGGCCCUCGACGCAGCAUCAUCACAUCAUCGAACACAACUCGAACACUUCGGUUCCGGUUGCAAAAACCGCUAUGCGCGAACCGGAAAAGCCAGCUUCGCCAUUUUACAUUACAUUCCAGGUGUUGGUUUAUAUCCUCUCAGCAAUUGGACUGAUUUCACUCGUUGCUCUGGCAUACCUGUGGAGAAAACGGCACCUCAAUGUACGGCAUCUGACGGAAUUCAGUAGCGAAGUAUCAAACGAUGCUGUACGUUUGAUGUGAAACGACGGGACUAAGGAUUAAGUGAUAAAGAACUGAAGAAUGACUGAAAAUGAGUCAUGAUUCUCAGAAUCAUUGAUUUAUUUUGCUGCCAAAUCGCAAUUCGUUACUUUUUAGAAAUGGAAAAAAUAAUCAAACUUGUAGUGAUAACUGAAAGUAAACACCGCACUAAAACAACUGUAAACGUAAACCAAAUCAAAUUGGAAUAUAAUUUCUAGUCUGACU